UUCCUUUAAGUGAGCCAUCGCAAACCUCAUCUAAUACAUGGGGUGCACCUCCAAAAAAAUCUUUCAAUGAGACAACACAAAAUAAUGCAAGUUCGUGGGAUGUUCCUGUGAGACCACCCAGCGAAAAUGUCGAAACUCAAUGGAAGGCUCCUUUAAAUGAACCAUCGCAAGCUACACCUGAUACAUGGGGUCCGCCCCCAGGUAAGUCUUUAAAUGAGGCAGCACAAAAGAAUCCAAGUUCGUGGGAUGUUCCUGUGAGACCACCAAAUGAAGAUAUCGAACCUCAAUGGAAAGCUCCUUUAAAUGAGCCAUCGAAAGCUACAUAUGAUACAUGGGGUCCAUCUCCAGAAAAGUCAUUAAAUGAGACAGCACAAAAGAAUACAAGUUCGUGGGAUGUCUCUGUGAAACCGCCUAAUGACAAUGUUGAACCUCAAUGGAAAGCUCCUUUAAAUGAACCAUCGCAAGUUAUAUCAGAUUCAUGGGUCGUACCUUCAGAAAAGUCUUUCAUUGAGACAGCGCAAAAGAAUUCAAGUUCGUGGGAUGUCCCUGUAAGACCACCUAACGAAAAUGUCGAACCUCAAAGGAAAGUUCCUUUAAAUGAACCAUCGCAAGCUACAUCUAAUACAUGGGACGCACCUCCAGAAAAAUCUUUAAAUGAGACAGCACAAAAGAAUACAAGUUCGUGGGAUGCUCCUGUGAGACCACCUAAUGAAAAGGUUGAACCUCAAUGGAAAGCUCCUUUAAAUGAGCCAUCACAAGUCCCAUCUAAUACAUGGGGCGCGCCUCCA